AUGAUGGACAUCCCCCAUAUAACGAGUAAUAUAAUACCAUUAUCUAAUGUCAUCAAAUAUCACAGUAAUGAAACUUAUAAUCUACUAUCUACAGCCAUUGAGAAUUUAUCCAUAACUAAAGGAAAAGAAAGUGAUUUAAUCCGACGUAAGAACUUACUUAAUUUGAUCAUUUCAAUCCGUCAAGAUUUUUUAAAGAUAUAUACUUUAGUUAAAUGGAGUAGUAAAUCAAAAGAUAUUGGGAAAUUGAUUGAUUUAUUGAAUUGGUUUCGAGAACAAGAAUCAUAUUUCGAUAAUCUUUCAUUUCGUUUGAAUGAAUUGAAUUCUUUCAGUGGAGCAAAAUUACCCAACAGUGAUUUAAUAACUUCAUUAGAGGUAAUAAUAAAAGGUAGACCCCAAUUACCUUCUUAUAAUCUUUUACAUACAGAAGACAUUUCUAAUGAAAAAAUCUUGAAAGUUCUAAAAGAUUUGAAUUUGUGUUUGACCACAAGAAUUGCAUUAAGUGAUAAUAUACCCAUAGAUUUCAUGAAGAAUUAUCAAAUUAAAGAUGGGAGAAUUAUAUUUACAAUGGUAAAGAAUUACCAAGUUAGCAUAACAGUAGGAAAUGAUGAGAUUAUUGAAGAUGAUAAAGAUUAUUAUAAAUCUCCAUAUUUCUUUAUUGACUUUAAAUUCCUUUUCGGUGAAAAUUUUGAACAAAAUCAUAUAGAUGUUCCGAAAACCUUACGGAAUAAAUUAGAACAAAGUUGUAAUCAAAUCUUAUUAAAAGAUAAUAUUGAAGGUUUAUAUAAUCAUUUGAAUAAUAUUACCAAGAACUUCAAAUAUGAAUUGAUUUUGAAACAAUUGAAAAACCUAGAUAAUUUGAAAUGGAAACAUUUGAAACAUAAAUAUACCGAUAGGAUAAUUAUCAAUUAUUGGGGAUCUAGUAACACUAUUGAAAUAUCCAUCAAUAUUAAUUUAUCAAUUGAAUACAAAUGGUUUAAGAAUGGUGAAGAAAUGGAUAAUUCCGUACUUAAGAAAGAUUCUUUUAAUGAUUCAUUUGACGUUGAAGUUCUUUUGACUUCUAUUCUUUAUAAACAUAGUGAACUUAUUAUUGAUGAAAUUUUCAAGCAAUGUGAAUUGAAAGAUUUGAGUUUUUUGAAAAGAAUUUCUUCUAAUCAAAUUUCAAUCAAAGAUCAUAAAUGUAUUAUGAGUAUUGACUAUCUCAUGGGAAAAUUCUACACUAUUGAACCUAAUUCCUUGGAAAUCAAUUUUUUGGAUAAAAUCAAUCGGUUCAAUUACAAUAAUGAUGAAAAUGCCUGGAUUGAAAUGAUUAUUAAAUCUUUGAUUGACUUGAAAUUGGAAUUAAUAGCCAAAGAUUUGAGUUCCAAAUUGAUCACUAUAGAAUGGAUCACUAACAAAAUCAUCAAAUUGAAAGAUUCCGAAAUAUCUAAAUUGGGAGGUGGUGAUUUUUUCAAGAUAAGAUAUUUCAGAUAUAAAAAUUGGCCAUCAUCGUGGUUUUUAAUGACUUUGAUUGAUGAUAAAUUCAAAGUGAAAUGGUUUGUUAGUAGAAUUAAGAGUAUUAGAGGAGAUUGGAGAUUAGAAUGGAUUUCACCUUUGGACUUAAAAGAUUUUAAUACUUCAACUGAAGAAGUUACGGAAUUUGACACUAAUUUUGAAUUUUUCAAUUCAUUAAGUGAUUCAUGUACCAGUAAGAUCAUUAAUAACAUGAUAAUUGAAGAAUUGAAUGUUAAAAAUGUGGAAUAUAUUGAUUAUAAACCUUCUAACCAUAAAUUGAAUCAAUAUUUGAAUGAUGGAAUGAUUAUUACUAUCUUUAAUAAUGAUGAUUAUUUACCUGUUCAAAAUUGUUCCAAUAGUAUAUUCCUUAAGAUCAAAUUACUUGAUAAUGAAAGUAAAAACAAGGUUAUUGAGUUAAAAUUGAUAUCAGAAUUGAAAUUCGAUGGUGAUAUAAAUAAGAUUAAAUUACCUAACAUUAAGAUUGAAGAUGAUCAUUUCGAAAUCUUUGAAAUAAUUGAUCUUGAUUUCAAUAUCAAUAACAAUUUAAAACAAGGAACCAUUUUCACCAGAAUAUUCAAAAUUUUGAAUAAGUUUAACCAUUUGAUUAAAUUGUUGAAUGAGUUAACUACCAAUAACAUCAAAAUUCUUGAGUUUAGUAAUAUAAUCAAAAUUAGAAUCAAUGAUGUUUUCGAUGAACUUAUAAUUGAAUUACCUAGUGAUGAAGAUAAAGACGCUAACAAUGACAAUAAUUAUAAAUUGAAAUUCGACAAGCAGUCAAAUUGUAAGAUAAUCAUUGACUUCAUUAACAAAUCUAUCAACAACCAUAAAUUGAUAGGUAUAAUCAAUUAUUUGAACCUUAUCACACCAAUCCUUACUUCCAUAGAUAAUUUGAAAAGUUCCAUAAAUAAAAGGUUCUUUCACACAUUGAAUAAUGGAUUGAAUAAACUCCUUGUCAAUACCAAAUUCUAUAAUUUGAACAAUUUCGAGUUACUUUUCAAUAUCAAUUGCAUUAACCCUCAAAAUCCUAAGAAGAUUGUAAGAUCAAAAAUUGUUUUAAAUGUAAAAUUCAAAUUGAAUAAUUUCAAAACUUCGAAUAAAUUAGAUUUAACUAUCAGUUUGAUUGAUAAUUUGAAUAUCAAGAAUAUCAAAUACAAAAAGUUAUUUGAAUUGAUUUAUAAGACAUUAAAAGUAGAUCCGGAUAUUAUAAACUUGAAUUACGAUUUCAUUGUUGAUAACAGUUUGUUCGAUAAGUUCUUACAAGAUGUAGGUAAAUGUUUCAUAAAUUUCAUAGAGAAUGAAUCAUAA